UGGGGGUGAUCAAAUGGACUUUGUUUAUAUUGAUGAGGUUCAAGAUCUUACAAUGAGUCAAAUUGCUCUGUUUAAACAUAUGUGCAGCAAUGUUGAGGAGGGUUUCGUUUUUUCGGGCGAUACUGCUCAAACAAUUGCAAGUGGUAUUGAUUUUAGGUUCCAAGACAUACGACAUCUGUUCCACAAGAAGUUUGUGUUGGAAUCAAGAAGUAAUAUGCAUGACGAAAGAAAAGUAAAGGGACAAAUUUCAGAUAUAUUUCAUUUGACUCAAAAUUUCCGUACCCAUGCUGGUGUACUGAAGUUAUCACAGAGCAUUGUUGAACUAAUCUAUCGCUUUUUUCCCCACUCUAUUGAUGUUUUAAAACCUGAAACCAGUCUUAUAUACGGGGAAGCUCCAGUUUUGCUUGAAUAUGGAGAAAAUGAAAAUGCAAUCAUAAAAAUAUUUGGAAAUAGUGGAACUCACAGUGGAAAUAUAGUUGGCUUCGGUGCAGAGCAGGUUAUUUUGGUGCGAGAUGAUGGUGCUAGGAAAGAAGUUUCCAUGUUUGUUGGGAAACAUGCUCUUGUCCUAACCAUUGUGGAGUGCAAGGGCCUCGAGUUCCAGGACGUACUCUUGUACAACUUUUUUGGUUCAUCACUAUUGAAAAAUCAAUGGAGGGUAAUAUAUGAUUACAUGAAGGAACAAGACUUACUUGACUCAACAUUACCUAAGCGCUUUCCAAGUUUCAAUGAAGCCAAGCACAACAUCUUGUGCUCUGAACUAAAGCAACUAUAUGUAGCCGUUACUCGUACCAGACAGAGAUUGUGGAUUUGUGAGAAUGCAGAAGAUCUCUCCAAACCUAUGUUUGACUAUUGGAAGAAGAAAUGUCUUGUACAGGUUAGGCAACUGGAUGAUUCACUUGCACAGGCAAUGCAAGUUGCAAGCAAUCCAGAGGAGUGGAAAUCACGGGGCAUUAAGCUAUUUCAUGAACAUAACUACGAAAUGGCCACAAUGUGCUUUGAAAGAGCUGGUGAUACAUAUUGGGAAAGAAGGUCAAAAGCUGCCGGCCUUAAAGCUAUGGCUGACCGUAUGCGAACUUCAAAUCCUGAAGAGGCCAAUUCCAUUCUUAGGGAAGCUGCUGAAAUAUUUGAUGCUAUAGGCAAGGCAGAUUCUGCUGCCAGGUGUUUCUCUGAUUUGGGCGAAUAUGAAAGAGCAGCUUGGAUUUAUUUGGAUAAAUGUGGCGUGUCUGAUCUGGAAAGAGCUGCGGAAUGUUUUUCUCUAGCAGGAUGCUACCAAGAUGCUGCAGAUGUGUAUGCCAAGGGAAACUUCUUCUCUGAGUGUCUCACUGUUUGUGUAAAAGGAAAACUGUUUGAAAUGGGCUUGCAAUACAUCAAUUAUUGGAAACAGCAUGCAACAGAGGACUGUGUUGUGGCUAGACGAUGUGAAGGAAUAGAUAAAAUUGAGCAAGAAUUUCUGGAGAACUGCGCAUUUCACUAUUAUGAGUUGAAAGAUGACAGAUCCAUGAUGAAAUUUGUUAAAGCUUUUGAUUCUAUAAUAUCGAUGCGGAACUUUUUGAAGAAGUUAGGUAUCCUUGAUGAGCUUCUUUUCUUGGAAGCAGAAUUUGGAAACUAUCUUGAAGCCGCGGACAUCGCAAAGCUGAAAGGCGAUAUUCUACUUGAAGCUGAUUUUCUUGAAAAAGCAGGCAAGUCCAGAGAAGCGUCAUUACGUAUUCUAUUCUAUGUGCUUGCCAACUCUCUUUGGUCAUCUGGCAGAAAGGGCUGGCCCAUACAACAGUUUUCACAGAAGGGGGAGAUUUUAUCAAAAGCCAUGUCAUUUGCUAAGAAUGAAACAAAAAGCUUUUAUGAGCUUGUUUGCACUGAGGUCGACAUUUUGUUAAACGAGCAGAGUAACUUGGCUUUGAUAAAAAAUCAUAUGGAUGUUUGUCAGAGGCAUAAGAGUAUUAGAGGUGAAUUAAUAUCAGCUCGAAAAAUAUUGGAUGCUCAUAUUUCUUCCAGCGCCAAUAAGUAUGUGUGGGAUGAUCUGAUAAAGUGCUCGGAAGACAGAAUAUCUGAAAAUCAGGUAUCUAUGGAUUCACUGAUUUACUUCUGGAAUUUUUGGAAGGAUAAAGUUGGUUUAAUUUUUGAAUAUCUUGGAUGCCUUGAAACCCAAGAUGUUAAUGAAUACAAAAGCUACGGGGAGUUUUGUUUUGAUUACUUAGGAGUGUGGAGGUUGUAUCAUAAUCUUAGUCCAGUCUAUGUUUUACUCAUGUCUGGUGCUGAUUGGGUUCAAGGUGUGGACAAAAGAUAUUUUAGAAGUCAUGGAAAGUUGGUCUCCGUUGAUGUUCACCAGCUUGUCUCAGCUGCUCGUAAUUUUUGGAGUUCAGAAAUGCUUUCUGUUGGCAUGAAAGUUUUGGACAAGCUUGAAAUUCUUUACAAGUUUCCAAUGAAGAAUGCUGAUCCAGUGUUCUGCCAAAGCAGGUGCCUUACCCAUAUUUGUGAGGUCUCACUAUGUCUUUUGCAAUCAAAAUGUUUGAAGCUAACAUAUCAGGAUACGUUGAGAUUGCAGAGAUGUGUAAGGCUUUCAACUGAGAGUGUUGUUACACACAUAUUUCCUAUGGAUUGGAGGAGUUCAUUGAGGGAGAAUAUGAUUUCUCUUAGAAGAACUGAUGCUCUAAAGAAGGCACUGGAACAAGUAAUAGUUGAGUAUACCAGCUCGAAGAGGGAGCUGUCUUUUGGGCAAAUUGGAAAGCUUGUAAUGGUUAUUCUCGGGUCCGGUAACCUGAAUAGUGAACUAUACAAUAAGCUUGUGGAAAAACUGGACUGCCAACCGCCAUGGAAGGCGUUCAUUGAGAACCUCUGUGGGAAUGUUGGCCCUGGAAACACCAGUCAAGAACUGAGAGAGGUUUCUGUAAUGUUGAAGUUCUGUGGAGCUUUGGCUGAUACUUAUAAUGCGAACUGGAGGGUUGUUAAUGAUUACAUAUCACCUGGUUGCUUUUUGUACCUUGUGGAGCGCCUUCUGUUUUGGGCAACUCGCUUUAAGGGUUAUGCUAUCACUACAAGUUCUUGCUUUAUUGAGUGGCUUAUAUACCAAGAGGAAGAUACCAAAGUAAGUUCCAUAGUUGCUGAUGUGCCAUCAUCUUUGGAUGGCAUCCUUCAUUUUGUGAUUUAUGUGGUUCAGGGGUGUGUUUUUAAUAAGGGGGAUAUGGUUGAAUGGAUUAAAAAGACCAAUGCAAAUUGGAAGAACUAUUAUUCACAGCUCAUGUUGAGAUUUGUUACUGUUUUAUGCUUGGUUUAUGUGAAUUUUGAUAUGGGUCAAGAUAUACUCUACGAUUUGCUGGGGAGGGAAUAUAUCACCGAGCAGCUGCCAUGGGAAUUUUUUGACGCCCUUAAGAGGAGGAGGAGACACAAAUCUCUUAGUAUAAAUGUGAGUGAGCUAGCUGCAGCUUUUCGGAAGAUUGGUAAUACUUUGGUAGUUGCAAAUUUUGGGUCCAAUUGUGCAAGGAUCGUAUGUCCAGAUGCCAUAUUUUUUGACAUGAAGGCCAACCAUUCCAAGGAUGACAUUCUGAGGAAGUUGUUUCCUAAACCACCUGUACUACCAGCUUCCCAAGCUAGAUCUGUUGAAGCAGGAGGCAAUAAUUCUGGCAGUCGUGUGCUUCAUGCAACCAAUUAUGAGGGGAAGAGUUCUAAGAUCCUGCCAUCGAAGUCUGGUGUGGUGGAACCAUUACAGACUGAUGCUGCAUCUGAUAAACCGAGUGAUGCUGGGGACGGUGCCAGUCACAGUACAGUUGAGAAAGAUUGCAUAACCAAUGGGUCAAAUCCAAUGUCUCUGCACGCUGAUGCUGCUUCUGAGCCGGGUGAUGCUGGGGACACUCACACUAAAGAUGAGGAAAGCUGCAUAACCAAAGAGUCAUAUCCAAAGUCUAAGCAAGCUGAUGUUGCGGCUUCUGGAUCCCAAUCUGGCAUUAAGGAAACUGGAAACAAGGGGAAGAAAAAGGGCAAGAACAAGAAGCCCAAGAAGAAAGGAGGCAAAAAGUAGUCAUCACAUGUUAAUAUAUAUUAUAUAUAUGCUUUGUGAAUCUUGUUAUGUUGGAACUUGAUGGUUGUUUUGAUAUAUAUAUAUAUAUGUCAGACA